AUGACUAAUAAAAUAAAAGGUAUUGAACAUAUUAAACGUAAUGUUUGGUCAAAAUUUAAAAAUUCGGGUGGUGGAAAAAUGGGUUCUCCAAUAAGUCAUAGUCUUUGUUGGGUUCAUCCUAAAGAUCGUAUUAAGUUUUGGAAUAUUGCAAUAGGAGAUGAAGUCCAGGUGAUUUCAGGUAAAGAUAAAGGCCGUCAAGGAAAAGUGAUUGAAAUUGAUAAAUGGACAAAUAGACUUAAAGUAGAAGGAUUAAAAAUGUGUAAAAAAUAUAUACCAAAAGUGUUACGAACAAAAGAUAUGACAAACAAUGUAAUUGAAAUGCCGAUGUUUAUACAUUAUUCUAAUGUACGACUUAUUGGUGAAAUUCCAGGAGAAAAAUAUGGGACAAAGAAAUUGGUUGUUGUUAAACACAUUAAUAGGGGAAAUUUAUUUUAUAAUAAAGAUAGGAAAAUAUUAACAUGGAGACGAUGGGUUGUAGGCGAGAAUAAGUUUCUGCCUUGGCCUGUUAAUUUACCUAAAGAUGAAAAAGAACGAGAACAAAGAUAUAAAGAGUAUAAAAAUGAUACGAAAGCUGCUAAUGUUUGGACAAAAACAUUUACUCCUACAUUAUAUUCUCCGCCUAUUCCUUUAAGUAUAGAAGAUGAACUUCGAAAUAAAUAUUCCAAAUAUAGGCUAGUCAAAAAGAACAUAGAAAAACUAUCAAUUCAACAAUUUAAUUUUAAUCAUAAUAGUUCUAGUCUUGUAUGA